CGACAUGUCCUGCAUUGUAGCGUUUAUUGAAUGGUAUCAUGAUAUGCCGAAUGGAACUGCGACUAAAAUAAAGACUGCAAGGUCCGGAGACCCCCAUACACAUAUAAUACAACGAGUAGAACCCAACCAUGAAGGAACAUAUACAUGUGUCGCAGGAAACGUGCUGGGUAAAGCGGAAGCAUCAGCUUAUCUCCAAGUAUAUUCUGGAUCCUCUUCCUCUUUAUACUCACACAAUGCAGGUUUGCUCGAGAUGCUGCUGUUGAUGUUGUUUGCAUUAUUCUCUUCACUAACAUUCUUCAACUAAACACUGACUGUAGUACAAAAACUAAUUGCAGUACGAUUAGGUGUGGCAGAAUAUUACAGUAUUUAGCCUACAUGUUGUACUGCCCUAAAAGGAAUUGUGUACGGUGCAUAGAUUCUUUUUACUAACAGCGGACGUAAUCAUGUACUAACUAUACAGUACACACCCGCAGAGAUGCUUUGGACUAACAGCGGAACGUAAUUAUGUACUGACCUGCAGUACAUAACGAUUUACUAAAAAUGGCGCUAAAUAAACAAAACACUGGUGAAACAAAUCUUGAAUGAUUGGACGGAAUAAUAAAAUAUUCUGCGGCGCUAUUUGCUUAAAGCAUUUAUUAUUAGUUUUGUUGUGUUCAGUAUUAGAAAAAUCCAAAACAUUUUGUGCUUAAUAUUGAACAUCUACCGCUAGCAUUGUUUUCGAAAUCAUUAACAGAAUGUUAGAUAAAUCUAACAGUGUUUAUCGUGUUUGAACUUCUAAGAAUUGUUAACAUAAUUUGUUGAACAAGUUUUACACAGCUACUCUUCUUGUAGCUUUACUUGAUCUUUUUGUUGAAAAGAGAAAUUAUUAAGUCAAUUCUUUGAUUUUAGAUAUACAUAUUAUUAUGUUUAAUUAUGUUGAAGAAAACUGCUUGGCAAUGUUAUUGUUUUGCCCAGCAAAAUAUGUUAAAGAUUGAACAGUUAUCAUCAUUUUUGAUUUGCUAAAUUUUCACUUUUAUUAAAAAAAUUUGUUUAUGUGUUCUUUUAUCCCCAACACGUCUUGUUAUCACCCUUUUUUGGCCCACACUAAGUAUGGACACGUGUUUUCUUUUUGACAUUCUUUUCACUUUUGUUAAAGAUGGUUGAUCAUUAACGAUUUCUGGUCGUUAAUCGUUGAAUGGCUUAUCUUUGGAAAUUCAGAUGGUUUAAUAAAAAAAAACUGUCAGUCGAAAACCAGUCCUAGUUAAACCUUCCCCCGCCCUCACCCGCCCCGGGCAUCCUACCCCCCACUUUAGAUUUACACUAUUUUUCUCACC